GGAAAUCUCCAACUUCUCUCUCUCUUCGCGCGAGUGAAAGACAUCCAAAAGCACGCAGACUUUGUAUUUCCGUUGAAGCUCCAAACUUACUUCAUUCAGUAGCUUUUCGUUCCUUCAGCAGUUCACACCAUCCAACUGAACUUCUCCCAAAAGCAAAUCCAUCCCAACAUCACGUUCUGUGUGUGCAACUUUGGAGUGUUGGGAAAUUAAACCGAGAUUAUCGGAUUACAUCAAUUUCUCCCAUGAAAUCAGAUUGAAUCCAACAACUUUACCUUUUGGGCGAAGGAACUUGAGGACAGACUUUUGUGUCCUUUGCAGAUAUUAAUUCUGUGAUUGCUUUUAAUAAACCUCCCACUGCACACGGUGGAGAAAAUUUGUGCCAAGAAAUUCCUCAAAAGUGAAAAAAAAACAAUUAUUCUCAAAAGCUCCAAGAAUUUUUUCAAAGCUUUCCCAAACCGUUGAAUUUUUAUGUGCGUGAUUUGAUUUGUUUUUUUUUCCGGACAAAAAAAUCGCGAGUGUUCGCUUCGAAAAAAAAAAGUAUUAAAAACUGAUUAAAAAAUAAAAUUGUGCAUUUUCCUGGCCACAUUGAAAAUAUCAAUUGACGUUGGAAACCCUUUUUUGUCCAUCACAUCGAUCAACGCAUUAACUCGACUAAUUGAAAGCACACCCGGCUGGAUUUUGGCUGGCAGGCAAUGAGGAAAUGAUAUUUGGAGGAAAAUCCCUCAAAGUGAGAUCAAGUUGAAAACGCCAACGCAGUGAGAUUUCAUACCGGAUAAAAAAUAUAUAUGUAGAUAAAUUCGCCUAAUGAAAUUAUAGCAUCAAACGCAAUAUAAUCAAAUUUCUUAAGCAAUACCACCCCCAAUCUCCAAGAAGUCUGUGAGGAAUUUGGUCAUUUUGCUUGUGAAGAGGAAAUUUAUUGAAUUUGCUAAGAGAAAAAGAAGAAGGGUUACACAAUUUAUUUGGUGUACUUACCCACGUUGAGAAGAACACCAAAGGAGAUUUGUUGGAAAUCCAGAAGGACACGAGGUCGGUGUAGGAGAUGUCCCAACAUUUGUCAUCAAUGCUUGAGCACCUGAAGCUGGGUGCUCGAAAGAAUUCUCGUGGGGCCGUCGUGGAGAGCAAUGGCACAGGAGGUGGGCAGGUGGGUGUUUGCCCAGGACUCGAUGGGGACACUGACACGGUGGAUUAUGUGAAGUUCAGUCCAGCAAGUAAUGGCACCACCAAUAACAACAACAAUAACCACGUAGGCAAUCUCACAGCGACCGCUCUUGCACCCAUGGCUGUUGGGAAGAGGAAUAGUAUCUCCCUCAAUCAGCCACCCGGGACUAUUGACUCCCUCAAGGCACGUGAUUUAUCGCCAUCGCCACGUGUGGGGCAGCGAAAAUUGUCGGCUGAUUUGAGGAAUCGCGAAGAUGGGGAAUCCACGAAACCUGUGCAAAUUCGACCCGUUAAACUGAAGAAUAUUGUUUCGCGACACGAGACCUUCGACACGCUCCAUCUAAAGUCAACGGAAAAGAUGCAAUGCAAGCCGGAUUGUUGCUAUGGGAGUGUCAUGUUUCCGGCAGUUGUUGGCACUGAGCCCAGGAAGCCGGAAGUUAUUUUGGAGCAUGCCAAGGAUUUUAUGGAGCAAUACUUUACCUCAAUUCGCCGGUACAAAUCACCGGCUCAUGAGGCACGUUGGCAACAGGUGCAGAAAGAAAUUGAGACAAGUGGGAAAUAUCAUUUGACGGAAACUGAGUUAAUUUUCGGCGCCAAAUUGGCCUGGAGGAAUGCAAAUCGGUGCAUUGGUCGCAUUCAAUGGUCCAAAUUGCAGGUGUUCGACUGCCGAUAUGUAACAACUACGAGCCAAAUGUUCGAGGCAAUUUGCAAUCACAUCAAAUAUGCCACAAACAAGGGCAAUAUUCGGUCCGCCAUCACUAUUUUCCCCCAACGUACGGAUGGGAAGCACGACUAUCGUGUAUGGAAUAGUCAGCUUAUCCUCUAUGCUGGCUACCGUGAACCCGAUGGACGCAUAAUCGGUGACCCUGCUAAUGUGGAAUUUACAGAAUUUUGCAUUAAAUUAGGUUGGAAGGCACCACGUGGCGAAUGGGAUAUACUCCCAAUGGUACUUUCAGCCAAUGGACACGACCCCGAGUACUUUGAGUACCCACCAGAUCUAAUCCUCGAAGUACCCAUUACACAUCCCACUUACAAGUGGUUUGCGGACUUUGGGCUUAGGUGGUAUGCUGUUCCGGCGGUAUCGGGAAUGCUAUUUGACUGCGGUGGAAUCCAAUUUACGGGGGUACCAUUCAAUGGUUGGUACAUGUCCACUGAAAUUGGCUGUCGCAAUUUGUGUGACACAAAUCGUCGCAAUAUGUUGGAGCCGAUUGCAACAAAAUUGGGUCUAAAUACACGAAAUCCCGCAUCCCUGUGGAAGGAUAAGACACUGGUUGAGGUGAACAUUGCGGUUUUGCAUUCCUUCCACACGCACGGGGUGACGAUUGUGGAUCAUCACACGGCCAGCGAUAGCUUCAUCAAGCACCUGGAGAAUGAAUCGCGACUACGGAAUGGAUGUCCUGCGGAUUGGGUGUGGAUUGUACCACCAAUGGCCAGUUCAACGACACAGGUAUUCCAUCAGGAGAUGGCAAAUUACUACCUGAAGCCCUCCUUUGAAUACCAAGACUCCCCGAUGAAGACGCACGUGUGGAAGAAGGGACGUGAACAGUCGAAGAAUAAGAAGCCCAAAAGGAAGUUCCACUUUAAACAAAUUGCCAGGGCUGUUAAAUUCACAUCGAAACUCUUUGGACGAGCACUUUCGCGUCGAAUUAAGGCAACUAUCCUGUAUGCAACGGAAACGGGAAAAUCGGAGGCUUAUGCGAAAAAAUUGGUUGAACUCUUUGCACGUGCAUUCAAUGCUGAGGUCUACAACAUGUCCGAAUACGAUGUAUCGUCAAUAGAGCAUGAAGCACUCAUUUUGGUUGUUGCUUCCACAUUUGGCAAUGGGGAUCCACCGGAAAAUGGUGAGUCCUUUGCACAUGAUUUAUAUGCGAUGAAAGUACGAGAAACCGGAGGUAGUGAAUCAAACAACGGAUCCAAACUUCCCUCAUCAUCCAAGUCAUUCAUCAAGGCAAAUUCACGGAAAGACAACAAUGCAGAUGGGCGCAAAAUGGACCGACUUGACUCCCUGCGGGGUGGCUCGAAUGUCCCCACGGAAUCCUUGACGGUGGAAUCCUUUGGGCCACUAUCGAAUGUGCAUUUUGCCGUCUUUGCCCUCGGCUCGUCGGCCUAUCCGAAUUUCUGCGCCUUCGGGAAGUACGUGGACAAUUUGUUGGGUGAACUGGGUGGUGAGCGCAUCAUGAAGCUCGCAACGGGUGAUGAAAUCAGUGGGCAGGAGCAGGAAUUCCACAAAUGGGCCCCAGAAGUGUUCAAAGUUGCCUGUGAGACCUUCUGCUUGGACUCCGAUGAGACAACAUCGUGGAAUGUGGGGAAGCAGACACUCACAGACAGUACGGUGCACUUUACAGAGGUCAAAAAUGCCACCCCCCUGGAUGCAGCCCUCGGGAAAUACCACCAUCGGAAGAUAAUCAUUGGAAAUAUGAAGAAACCCGCCACGAAUCUUCAAUGUGGUGCCAAGGAAAAUUCCGAACGCCUCACAAUUCUCGUGGAGAUUGUCGCAAAUGGGAUUAAUUAUGAACCCGGUGAUCACGUGGGAAUCUUACCUGAAAAUAGACAAGACAUUGUCAAUGGGAUUAUUGAGAGACUAGCUGGAGUUGAGAAUCCCGAUGUACCUCUUCAGUUGGAGAUUCUAACGGAGAAUCACACAUCAAAUGGAAUUGUUCAAUCGUGGGAACCUCAUGAUAAAAUCCCUGCGUGCUCCCUGAGAACCAUGCUCACGCGUUUUGUGGACAUCACAACACCCCCAUCGAGACAAAUCCUCACACUCCUCGCGACGUACUGCAAGGACGCGGAGGAUAAGAAGAAACUGACCAAUUUGGCCAACGAUUCGGCUACAUACGAAGAAUGGCGCUACUACCGCAUCCCACAUCUCCUUGAGGUCCUCCAGGAGUUCCCAUCGUGUCAACCAACAGCUGCAGUUCUCAUUGGGCAGCUAAUGCCCCUCCAGCCGCGUUUUUACUCAAUUUCUUCAUCCCUCAAAAAGUACAACAAUGAGGUUCACCUCACAGUGGCCAUCGUUAAGUACCGAACACAGGAUGAAGAUGGACCUGAGCACUUUGGUGUGUGCUCAAACUACCUGAAUGGGCUCAAGGAGAAGGAUAAUGUUUACUUCUUCGUACGCAGUGCAUCCUCCUUCCACAUUCCCAAGGAUAUCACAAAGCCAAUUAUUCUCAUUGGACCAGGAACGGGUAUUGCACCGUUCAGAUCUUUCUGGCAGGAGUGGGAGGUGAAGCAAAUCGAAGGAAUAGCUCCACCGAAAGUUUGGCUUCUGUUUGGAUGCCGCAACAGCAGCGUGGAUCUCUAUCGGGACGAAAAGGAGGAGAUGGUGAAGAAGAAGGUGAUUGAUCGGGUAUUCUUGGCUCUGUCCCGUGAGAAGAAUGUCCCCAAGACCUAUGUUCAGGAUAUCGCUCUCAAGGAAGCGGAUUCAAUCUACCAAUUGCUUGUUGUCGAGCAAGGACAUGUGUACGUGUGUGGGGAUGUUACAAUGGCUGAGCAUGUCUAUCAAACACUUAGAACAAUCAUUGCAAGAAAGGAAGUCAAGUCGGACAGUGAGGCUGAGAAGUUCAUGCUUCAGCUGAGGGAUGAGAAUCGCUACCAUGAAGAUAUCUUCGGUAUCACCCUCAGGACUGCAGAAGUUCACAAUAAAUCACGAGAAUCAGCUCGAAUUCGAAUGGCAUCGCAACCCUAAAAUGGGGAGACGACAACACGCAAUUUCGACGUCAUUUUCUUGUAAUUCUACUUUAAUGGCAUUCCACCUGCGAAUGCUCCACAAGAGGAAGGUAGUUAAAUUAUCAAUUCUACUGUAAACAUUAGUGAGAAGGUAAACGUAACUUUUAAAGAAAAAUAAAACAUUUCAACAUUAAACUCCACAUUAUAUUCCCUCUAACGUCGCUCCUUAACACAUUAAGCACAUCGAAAAUUAUAAAAUUGAAAGUAAUUAAGGUUGGAAAGUUAUAAUAAAGACAUAUUCAAAUUUUAACAAAAUUAUUCAGAUAUUAUUUUUAAUGUUAUCAUUAUAAAAACAACAAGGUACUAUACGCAAAGGGAAAAUUAUUUAAGAAAGGGGUUAAAUGUUUGAAGACACAAUGAAAGGAAUUUUCCAUGAAUGAGGGAAAACUCGGAAAAUUUGCAUUGAGUCUCUAUAUAAGAAAUAUUAUUGACAAAACUUUUGUUGCUUUAUAAUAACUGAAAAACAAAGAGAUUUUCUUUGUUAAUUUUGGGAAAAUUAAAGCUUUUUUUUGUAAUUUUUCUUCUUGAAAAAUUGCAUUAGAUUCAUUUUUUUUAUUCUUGGGGAAUUCUUAGAAUUAUAAUUAAAAUUAAGGCUUAAAGUUUAACUAACCUUGCAUUGAAGCUCAAUUGAAAUAUGAACGAAUUAUAAGAAUUUUUGUUUAAACAAUGCCCUCUGAUUGGCUGAAAAAUUAUUGCCAAAUGUUCUCAUUGGCUACUGCGUCACCUCUACGUCACGACGCCUGGUAGUGCUUCACUGCAAGGUUAAUUUGAACAGAAUAUUAGGAGAAUUUCAUAGCAUUAAAAUAUAUUAUAUAAAAUAACCACACAUAAUGUGAUAUGAUAAAAUUGAUAAAAUAUUUGUAGAAUAAUAAUAAAAAGAUAUUCGAAUAUUUUUCUCAAAAUCUUCUCUAAAAAAUUCUCUGAUAAGAAAACUUUAAAAAAAGUGAUUAGGCGAUAACCUAAAAAUGGAUCUAAUGCAAAUUUUAUUUGCUUCAAAAAUUAAACCAAAAAUAAAGAAUGAAAAUAAAAAUACUUGGUGUUGGCCACGAAGUGGAACACCAACUAAUUAUUUCUGUAAGAGCAGAAGAAAAUUAAAUCAGAAAAAAGCUAAAAAUAACCUUCAUUUGGGAGAAUCUCGAGAAUCUCUUGAAAGAAAAAUUUCAAUAAAAAGAAAAUAAAACCUCGAUAAAAUCCACAUAAUGGCAAUUCAAUUAAUUUACAAAGCAAUUAAUUUUGAUGCAGUUGGAAUUUAAGAUAUUGCAAAGUAAACUCUACUAAACAGCACGCAACUUAAUGGAAGGUGGAAGAUGAGAGAAAUCGUGCGUUCUUUAUAAAAAUAGAGAGAAAAGAAUAUCAAUUAAAUAUCACAAGUAGUAAUAG